UUCCCGCCAUGGUGGCCACCGAGGGUCUGCGGGAGAUGGAGGGCAGCGCGCUGCGGCGCCUGGUGUGCCGCGACGAGGCCGGCCCCGGCGGCCCCGGGCGCUGCCUGCUGCUGGACUGCCGCCCCUUCCUGGCCCACAGCGCCGGCCACAUCCGCGGGGCGCUCAACGUGCGCUGCAACACGAUCGUGCGGCGGCGGGCCAAGGGGGCCGUCAGCCUGGAGCAGAUCCUGCCGGCCGAGGGCGAGGUGCGGGCGCGGCUGCGCGCCGGGCUGUACGCCGCCGUCGUGGUGUACGACGAGCGCAGCCCGCGCGCCGAGGCCCUGCGCGAGGACAGCACCGUGGCGCUGGUGGUGCGCGCGCUCCGCCGCGACACGGCGCGCGCCGACAUCCGCCUCCUGGCAGGGGGUUACGAGCGUUUCUCCUCGGAGUACCCCGAAUUCUGCGCAAAAACCAAGUCCCUGAGCAAUGUGUCACCCCCCAGCAGUGCUGAGCCCCUGGAUUUGGGCUGCAGUUCCUGUGGGACCCCUCUUCAUGACCAGGGUGGCCCUGUGGAAAUCCUUCCCUUCCUCUACCUUGGCAGCGCCUACCACGCUGCCCGGCGGGACAUGCUUGAUGCACUGGGCAUCACAGCCCUGCUGAACGUCUCCUCAGACUGCCCCAACCACUUUGAGGGGCACUACCAGUACAAGUGCAUCCCCGUGGAGGAUAACCACAAAGCCGACAUCAGCUCCUGGUUCAUGGAGGCAAUUGAAUACAUAGACUCGGUGAAGGAGUGUUGUGGCCGGGUCCUAGUCCACUGCCAGGCUGGUAUCUCCCGCUCAGCCACCAUCUGCUUGGCUUACCUGAUGAUGAAGCAGCGUGUCAAGCUGGAGGAGGCCUUUGAGUUCGUCAAGCAGCGCCGGAGCAUCAUCUCCCCCAACUUCAGCUUCAUGGGGCAGCUGCUGCAGUUUGAGUCGCAGGUGUUGGCCACCUCAUGCGCAGUGGAAGCUGUCAGCCCCUCGGGGACACUGCGGGAGCGGGGCAAGGCCACCUCCACCCCCACCUCCCAGUUUGUCUUCAGCUUCCCAGUCUCUGUGGGUGUCCAUGCCACCCCCAGCAGCCUCCCAUACCUGCACAGCCCCAUCACCACGUCGCCCAGCUGUUAGCUCAGGGGCUGGGGCCAGCCGGGCAGAUAGUGCCAGGCGCGGAGGGGGCAGGGGGGCAUGGAACCCCAUGAUGUUAAGCAAUAGUGCCGGACACUGCCGUUCACCCUGGACUCAAUGUCUUUUUCGUAGAGAAAUUUCUUACCUCAUCUUGGUUUUUUUGCUUUUUAAUUUUAUGUUUUGAAAGCACGGGAAAUUGUAAAAGCCACAAACCCCGAUAUUUUCCAGGCUCUUUGGGGGAGGGAAAAAACAGUAUACUGGGUUUCCUCAA